AUGAAAGCAUUGAGGGGGAAAGACAGAGAAAACAAAGAUGGAGAGAAGCUGAGAGAGUCACAGAGCAGCUUGAGACAUGGGGAGGGAGGGAGAAGAGUAGGAAGGAAGGCGACAGACACAACUCAGGAGCAGGAGAGGAAGCUAAGUUACAGAGACAACAUGCAGAGAGAGCAGAGGAGACCCUCCAGGCAAGGGCAGACUCCUUUUCCGGGGCAGGCUGGCGCCCUGCUGCCUGCUGAGUCAGGCUGGAGAAUCUGGUCACGGUUCUGCACCCCAAACUCACUCCCUAGGUGUGUUUGUUUACGAGUUCCUCCCUGUCUUGCUCAAAUGCUCCAACUCUACAAAUCCCGGGAUCUCAGGGUGCAGAUCACCUCUCCCAGAUUCCUGAGCCUGGGUCUGGCCAUGGGCACCUCCAGCAUCUUCCUCUGUAUCCUGUUCCUCUGUGGAACACUGGGUCUCACCAUGUCCCCUGCCCGGGGAAGGCUCCGCUGUUACACCUGUGGCUUCGCCAAACCCUGCUACCCUGUUCCCACCGAGUGUCAGGACGAUGAAGCUUGCAGUAUCAGUAUUGGCACCUCAGACCAGAGUGAGAUCAUCCAGCGGAAAGGCUGCCUCCCAAGGGCCCAGUGCCCUCUGCUGGGCCAUGCCACCUACUGGCUGCGCUCCUACACCCUGAGGCACCACUGCUGCGAGCAGGACCUAUGCAACAGGGUGGCUUCCCCACGGCAGCUCCCCAGCCUCCUCACCUCCCUGCCCCUCCUCGUGGCCAGCUUCGCAGGGAGAGGACACCUCCUCUACUAGCCUCGAUCGAUCUGCAGCUCCCAACCGGGGAUUCCUUGGCCCUGGAAACACCUGCACAGACACUUUGAGACAUGCCCAAGAACUUAAUUUUGUACUAAGACAUCAGAUCUCUCAGCCCAGCACCCUCACAGACCCCUCACAGGGCCUGGGGAGGGACCUGGCCAGCCUCAUAAAGAACAACUAUUCUGUGUCUUUUAUCUUUGCUAGAUGCCCAUUGCUGAUGCCCCAUCAGCCCAGAUCACUGGCAAGGCAGGCAUGUUGAUGACAUCAUGGGUCUCGGGCAAGGGCAUCAAAGGGGCAUCAGAUAUGGUGAGUGGGAGAGUCUUGCUAGGAAAGACUAAUGUGGUAGGUCGGGAACUCAGGACAGAGGGCUUGGGGAUCUAUGAAGAGUACCUUUAAUAAAAUGUCUAUCUAGGA